AUAACCCCGUGAUGGUAGGACCAGCCUCCCAGCGGCCACAUCCUGUGUGUCUGUCUGUCCUGCUGGGCAUUGAGGUCUCAUCCAGCUCAGCUGGACCUGGUGGGAGGAGACGCCAUGAUCCCCAACCUCACGGCCCUGCUCUGCCUCGGGCUGAGUUAUGGACAGAGGAUCCGAGUGCCGGCAGGGACCCUCCCCAAACCUGCCAUCUGGGCUGAGCCAGGCUCUGUGAUCGCCUGGGGGAGGCCCGUGACCAUCUGGUGUCAGGGGACCCUGGAGGCCGAGGAGUACCGUAUGGACAGAGAGGGAAGCCCAGCACCCUGGGACAGACAGAAGCCCCUGGACCCCAGGAAAAAGGCCAAGUUCUCCAUCCCACGCAUGACAGAGACCUAUGCGGGGCGAUACCUCUGCUACUAUGGCAGUUCCACUGACUGGUCAGCACGCAGUGACCCCCUGGAGCUGGUGAUGAUAACAGGAUCCUACAGCAAACCCACCCUCUCUGCCCUGCCAAGCCCUGUGGUGACCUCAGGAAGAAACGUGACCCUCCAGUGUAGCUCACAGAGGGGAUUUGGAAGGUUCGUUCUGUCUGAAGAAGGAGAACACAAGGGCUCCUGGACCCAGGAAACAGAGCUAAACUCCUAUGCGGAGUCCCAGGCCCUGUUCCCCAUGAGCUCCAGCCACAGGGGGAUGCUCAGGUGCUUUGGCUACUACAGGAACAGACCCCACGUGUGGUCAGAACCUAGUGACCCCCUGGAGCUCCUGGUCCCAGGUGUGUCCAGGAAGCCAUCCCUCCUGGCCCAGUCGGGCCCCAUCGUGGCCUUGGGACAGAGCCUGAACCUCCAGUGUCGCUCUGACGUCAGCUAUGACAGAUUCGCUCUGUACAAGGAGGGGGCUCGUGACCCCACCCAGCGCCUCGGCCGGCAGCCCCAGGGGGGGCUCUCUCAGGCCGAUUUCCCCCUGGUCCAUGUGAGCAGCACCCAUGGGGGCAGUUACAGAUGCUACGGUGGACACAACCUCUCCUCCAAGUGGUCGGCCCCCAGUGAGCCCCUGGACAUCUUCAUUGCAGGGGAGCUCCCUUCCACACCCUCCCUCUCUGCCCAGCCGGGCCCCAAUGUGUCCUCAGGAGACAACGUGACCCUGCGCUGUCAAUCACGGAACCAGAUGGACAGUUUCCUUCUGUCCAAGGAGGGGGGAGCCAGCCCCACCUUGCAUCUUAGAUCCUGGCACCGAGCCCAGAUGUUCCUGGUCGACUUCACUGUGAGCUCCGUGACCUCAGGCCAUGGGGGCACCUACAGGUGCUACGGCUCACGCAGCUCCAAACCCUACCUGUUGUCUUGGCCCAGUGCCCCCCUGGAGCUCGUGGUGUCAGGAGCCCCUGGGAGCCCCAGAUCCUCACCUGCAGAGCCCAACUCAACACCUGGUCUCAGAAGGUACCUGAACAUUCUGAUCGGGGUCUCAGUGGCCAUUGCCCUGCUCAUCUUCCUCUUCCUCUUCCUCUUCCUCCUCAUCCGACACCAGCACCAGAGAAAACACAGGAAGACAGGGGCUGCAGAUUCAGAAGCUGAGGCCAGAGACUUGCAGAAAAGAUCCAGCACUGCUGACUUCCAGGAGGAGAACCAGUAUGCUGCUGUGGGAGACUGCAAGCCUGAGGAGGACAGACAGCUGGUCAGUCGGGGUUCUGAAGAUCAAGACCCACAGAGAGCAACGUAUGCCCAGGUGAACAAAAAAAGAGUUAGACAGCAAGUGGCCCCCCUUCCUUCCCUCCAUUUGGGAGAAUUGCUGGAUGUGAAAGACACACAAGUGGAAGAGGACAGGCAGAAAGACAGUCAGGUCUGUCCUUUCUUCUUUAGGCUCCCCACCCCAGUCUCUUCCCUGUCUCCUCACUCUCCCCCCACUCCCCAGGCUGCUGCAGGUGAAGACCCCAAGGACGUGACUUAUGCCCAGCUGAGCAACUUGACUCCUGGAGGGGAGACACCCACACCCUCUUCCUACCAAGCAGGGGAUCUCCCUGCUCAGCCCAGUGUGUAUGCCGUGCUGGCCAACCGAUAGCCCCGGACAAGACCCAGACACCCACACUCCAAGGAAGAGAUGUCAGGGUCUCCCACAUUCAUUCGUUCACCUGGAAAACAGUGGAGCUGCCUCCAUGGAUCUCAGCUAAUGAAUCCCAGUCAGGACCCUUUAAAUGCAAGAAGGAUAUUCUGGAAUUGUUGAAAUAAUUCUACAGACAAAGAUAAAUAAUAUCCCUAUAUUUUUGGAAAUAGACAAUGCACUUAUAAAGCUCACAAAUGAA